AUGCGCUACGUCCCAAAACCUCGAUCUAAUGUUCCGCCCAGAUUUCUUACGCUCGACUCUCCCGAGACCAACAAUUGCAAGCGGCCAACCUUUGGCUGCCGCCUUUCUUUACGAAAGCAUACGACCAAUGCGCUGCUGAAUCAAUUAGAGGUUAGAGCCGAGUUUAUUUCGCUUCUGCUCGGUCAGCCAGUGGUGAAUUUUUUACCUUCGGCUAGUUUCGAAACUUUCGAUGGAAAUGGCCAGCUUCAGAAACUCGACUUCAUCUGUCAACAGCCCUGGUGGGGCUUCGGCCACAUGCAGUGGCCUGUUUCAAUCUGGACAAGCUUGGAGAAAAGAAGCGGAAUGACCACAUGUCUCAUUACUGCCGCAUCUCACGACCAGGUCAUCGAAGCCGUUCAGACUCGGCUCACCUUUGCAUUUGACGCAUCUAGCAGACUUUCUGCUGCCCGGUACAAUGCCGCAGAUCCUCUCUUUGUGCCAACACUCAUCUCGCACGAGUGCUUCAUGCAAUCUGACUCUAGUCUAUGCGACCUAGACAAGCGCUUAAAUGAUUCAAUAGAUAUUGUUGACGCAGCCGCAGAAACACCAUAUGAUCGCAACAUAAUGAAGUCGCUCACCUUCAAGCUCCAUCAAACAUCUCAAGAAGCAGAUUUUCUGAUCCACAGCGCUGACGCCGGGAUUGCUUUGAUGGACAGCUUACGUCUUGCUCAAGAGCGUCUUGUAUAUUUUGGGGGUUGUAGGGAAAAACAAGAACAUUCUCAAUCCAUCAAUGCGGCAGACUAUCUCAAGAACGGCGUAGAGGCAAGGAAGCGGUGGUUACUCAACACCAAGACACGCAAAGAGACAGCCAUGAGCUUGGUGUACAAUCUUGUCAGUCAGAAAGAAGCGGAAACCAACAUGGGGAUUGCUCAGGACACAAGGAACGACAGCUCGUCGAUGAAGGUCAUCGCUGCUUUAACGAUGGUUUUCCUGCCAGCGUCGGCGGUUUCGAGCUUCUUCGGCAUGGCAUUUUUCGAUGGCCAAGCAGGAAACUUGACUGUCACCAAUGAGUGGUGGAUGUUUCUUGCCGUAACAGUCCCGCUGACAACGGCGGUGGUAAUCAUCUGGCGGCUAUGGGGGUUUUUUGGUCAUCGAGCGCCGUCAUCUUCUCCGAAAAGACUGCAAGAUUUCAAGACAAGGCAGACUUGGUUUCGAUUGUUUACAGGAUCCCCACGGGUUGACUGGAUCAACGGCGAAAAGGGUCCCCAUGAAGUGUGA